AUGAACUUUUUUUCAUAUCCUUGUUUUUUGUGUUCACUAGAGAAAUGUAGUUUAUAAAAAUGUCUCAAUCUGAAUCAGCUGUUAUUUUUAAAAAAACUUCGGUUAAGCGAGGUAAUACAAGAAAGCGUAAAGGAAGCAGUAGUGAAGAAGAAGCACCACAAAGUGCUGUAGUUCAUGUUCCUCGAAAAGCAAAGAAGAAUUCUUUGGUUCAAAGUUCAGGAACAAAGAAAAAUUCUGAAGCACAUAACAGCGAUAGUGAAGAAGAUAUUAGUGUUUCAUAUAAAUCCACUCGAUCUGGUAAACGAGAAGGACCAGAUGAUAUGGGUGCAACCGCAGUUGUUGAAAUAGAUACUGCUUUAAAUACAGACGCCCAGUCUAUAUUUGAAAGAGCUCUUGAAGUUAAUAAGGAACUCAAAGGAAAAGCAGAUGAUAAAAUAUAUCGUGGGCAGUCUGCAUAUACACAAUACAUAGAAAAAAAAGAUACAGCAGCUGGAAAUGCUUCAAGUGGAAUGGUUAGGCAAGGUCCUAUACGUGCACCUGCUCAUUUGCGUUCAACUAUUCGUUGGGAUUAUCAACCAGAUAUUUGCAAAGAUUACAAGGAAACAGGUUUUUGUGGAUUUGGUGACAGUUGUAAAUUUCUGCAUGAUCGUAGUGAUUACAAGCAUGGAUGGCAAUUGGAAAGAGAUUUCAAAGAGGGUACUUACGGACAAGAGGAUGUGUCCAAGUAUGCAAUUGAAGACGAAGAAGACGCUCUACCGUUUGCUUGCUUCAUUUGUCGUAAUUCAUUUAAAAAUCCAGUAGUUACAAAAUGCAAGCAUUAUUUUUGCGAACUUUGUGCUUUAGAGCACUACAAAAAAACGCGUAGAUGUUAUGUAUGCGCAGAACAAACUUCUGGAGUUUUUAAUUCUGCAAAAGAUAUUAUAAAAAGAAUGAAAGAAAAUAGUGCGAAUGAAAAAAGUAAUGAUGAAAUUAAUAACGAGGUCGAUGAAAAUAGUUAUGAAAGAGAUAAUGAAUGCUAAUUGUA